ACGGAGGGGGGGGGGGACGGAAGAUGGAGGAGAAGAAGAAGAAGAAGAAGAAGGAAGCAAGCGCAUAGACGACGAGCUAUAUGAGCGGGGCGAAAUAGGAGGACCGACCCGAACGGCGGCGGCGGGUCUAUGCAACUUGUACAGCUUCUCUCCGGCACAGAGUCGACCAUCACACACAGUUCGCUGGUUGACUCGCUCUGCCAUCAUCUCCAAACGGAACGCUCCUGGCGUUCGUCCACUCUUAUUUCGGCACUCACGCUCCCGUUUUUGUUGUUUUUUUUUUUUGCUUCCGCCGAUCAGCCCCAGUCUGUCCUCGUGUAGACGCGCUCGUAGUUGACACAAUGUACGGAUUCGUUAAUUACGCGCUUGAACUUCUCGUCCUAGAGAAUUACGGAAAGGAUGUCUGGGAGCAAAUCAAGAAAGAGGCUGAAGUCAACAUGGAAGGGCAUUUCCUCGUGCGGCAAAUCUACGAGGAUGAGGUGACUUAUAACAUCGUCGGUGCAGCAGAACGUGUCCUCAAGGUGCCAGCCAAUCUUCUGUUGGAAAAAUUCGGCGAAAAGUUCCUCGAUUUCUGUCAAGAUUCCGGUUACGAUCGAAUUUUGCAAGUGCUGGGAGCCACGCCCCGUGAUUUCCUACAGAAUUUGGACGCCCUUCACGAUCAUCUAGCCACCAUUUAUCCUGGAAUGAAAGCGCCGUCUUUCCGCUGCACGGACGCACCUGACGGUUCACUCAUUUUACAUUAUUACUCGGACCGUCCAGGUCUUGAAUCGAUCGUCAUCGGCAUCGUCAAUGCCGUGGCUAAAAAGCUGCACAAAGUGGACGUCGACGUGAAAUUGCUGCGCAGUUCGCAGGACAGCAGUGGCCACGGUGAAUUCCUCAUCCAGGAGAAGAACAAGGUCAAAACCCAGGAGGACACUUCGUCCGAUGAUGUCGAUCUGAUGGGCUUCAGCUCCAGCGACCCGAAAAUCUCGUCUCAACUCUUCUGCCGAGCUUUUCCGUUUCACGUCCUUUUCGAUCGCAACUUGUCCAUCAAGCAAGUGGGCGAUUCCCUCAAGAGGAUCCUGCCGGCAAGCAUCAAUCGAUCCGGCUGCAAGCUCACCGAUAUAUUGCGCAUGGUCCGUCCUCAUAUGGAGUUGAGCUUCGAGAAUCUAUUGGCCCACAUCAACACGGUCUACAUCCUCGUGACCAAGGAGAAGAAGAAGAGCGAUCAGUCGUCAGAUAAGGCGGUUCCAUCUUUGGCCACUUGGCGCCACCACGAAGACGGAACGGAGAUCAUUCAAGAAGCCAAUCUCCGUCUCAAAGGUGAGAUGAUCUAUGUCCAGGAGAAUGGACUAAUGCUCUUCCUCGGAUCGCCCAGCGUUCUCAAUCUCGAAGAUUUGACCAGACGCGGAUUAUAUCUGUCUGACAUACCCCUGCACGACGCCACCAGGGAUUUGGUUCUCCUGUCCGAACAAUUCGAAGCCGAAUACAAAUUGACUCGCGACCUGGAAAUGUUGACUGACCAGCUGCAACAGACCAAAGUCGAAUUGGAACGCGAGAAACAGAAAACAGACACAUUGCUGUACUCGGUAUUGCCUCCCUCGGUGGCCAACGAAUUACGUCACGGACGUCCAGUGGCUGCCCGUCGUUACGAAAUGGUCACUCUCCUUUUUAGUGGCAUCGUCGGUUUCAGCGACUUGUGCGCUCGCAAUUCCGACGCCAGCGGAGUCAUGAAAGUCGUGCGGAUGCUCAACGUCCUCUACACGACGUUCGACGUCUUGACCGACCCGAGGAAAAAUCCAAACAUCUACAAGGUGGAGACAGUCGGUGAUAAAUACAUGGCCGUCAGCGGCUUGCCAGAGCCGUGCCAAGAACAGGCUCUCUGCAUCGCCCGGCUUGCCCUCGACAUGAUGGACCUGUCGAUGGACGUCUCCGUCGAUGGCAUCUCUGUGCAAAUUACCAUCGGAAUCCACUGCGGUGAAGUCAUGACGGGAGUCAUCGGGCAGCGAAUGCCCCGCUAUUGCCUUUUCGGCAACACGGUCAACCUGACGAGCCGGACGGAAACGACCGGCACUCCCGGCCGAAUCAACGUCUCCCACGACGCUUACCAGUUGUUACAAGAGCCGGCCAAUCGUGACCCGCAAUUCCAUUUCGCUUAUCGUGGACCGGUCGUCAUGAAAGGCAAAGCCGAACCGAUGAAAGUCUACUACCUGAACAGAGCGUCAGAUUCCAAAGCGGUCAGCAGCACUACUCUCGACUGAUGAGCAUCGGCUGUUAUAUUAACGUUUCAUUGUUUUCUCCGUUUCACUACGCCAUGUCUAACUGUUAUAUUUACUGUCGCGUAUAUUCAUCAUUUAAUAACUAAACGAAAUCCAACUAAAAA